UCCAAAGAUUAAUUUGAUUCCCUCAAGCCACCAUACAAUUCAGUUUUAACUCGGAUUUCAACGAAGUUGGUUUAAUUCUUAGUUAUUGAUUCAGUCUGUUGUGUUGCUUUUUUUUGUGUAGGGACUUUAAAGCUUAAAUUCUGCUUUGAUUGGGGGAAAACAGAACUUCUUGCCUUGUUAAACUUGAUUUAAAGAAAAGCACACACGCUAUUAACCAAAAAGAUGAGUAAAACAGAAAACCGGCCAUGGAUGGUCACCGGAAUAGCCAGCAAAUUCCCAACAUACCGUAAAUCCAAAUUUAUAACCACAUACAGUUGGCAAAUGGGAAAAAUUGAAGAUGAUCAAGCUGAAGGCCUUUGGCGGAUCCAUGACAAUCUUUAUGAUUUUACCGAAUUUAUUGAUCGUCAUCCUGGGGGUUCAUUCUGGAUCAAGGAAUCACAGGGCACUGAUAUAACUGAGGCUUUUGAAGCACAUCACAUUUCUCUGGGCCCGGAAAAAAUGAUAGCAAAAUAUAGAGUUCGAGAAGCAAAAGCACCAAGAAUUUAUAAUUUAACAAUCAAAGAUGGAGGUUUCUAUAAGACUCUUAAAUCUCGAGUUAGAACAAAGUUAAAGGAAAUUGAUUAUAAGCCUACCAAGAUAUCUGAUCUCAUCCAUACUGGUCUUUUGGCAGCAACUUUUGCCCUUGCUAUUGGAAGCGCAUACUUCCAAAGUAAUAUCCUUGGUGUUUUAGCUGGAAUAGCUCUUUGUUGGAACACAAUUGCAGCUCAUAAUUACUUCCAUCGCAAGGAUAAUUGGAGAAUGUACACAUUUAACUUGUCGUUGAUGAAUUUCUAUGGUUGGCGUAUAUCCCAUGCCCUUUCGCAUCACAUAUACCCGAAUUCCCUACUUGACCUGGAAUUGUCAAUGUUUGAGCCUUUCCUUUGUUGGUUGCCAAGCAAGUACUUUAAAACCAACUUUCAAAGAUAUUUCUCAAUUUUGGCUGGACCGGUCGUUUAUAUGUUGACAUUUUUGAGCCAGAUAGUCGUGAGGAUAGCAUAUUCCUUGAAACGCCACAACAUAAUGUACUGGCAUGAUAUAAUCGGUCUGAGCAUUCCCUUAGCAAUGUUAAUUUUGUCUGAUCUAAGUCUGUUCAUGGUGAUAAAAAAGUGGCUCUUUCUGAACUUGGUUGGAAGUUUUUGCUUUGCUGCAAUUGGAUUAAAUGCUGCACACCAUGAACCCGAAAUUUACCAUGAUGGCGAUGCAGUUCGAGAGGACAGGGAUUGGGGGCUGUUCCAAGUUGACACCAUCACCGAUCGAAGUGAUUUGAAAGGAUCGCAAUUUUUAACUUUGACACAUUUUGGUGACCACGCACUUCAUCAUUUAUUUCCAACUCUGGAUCAUGGAAUUUUGCCCCAACUUUAUCCUGCCCUUUAUGAGACACUGAGUGAGUUUAAAGGGGAAUUGAGGGAGAUACGAUAUUUAGAACACAUUAUUGGGCAGCAUAAGCAGUUGUUGAGAAUCAAACCAAACAAAAUACCACCAGGUUCGGGAAAGUAGCUUUCUGUUUUGGCUUUAAAAAUAUUAAAUGGGAAUUAUAAAAAAAUGCGUAAAGGUACACUAUUAAAAUAAUAAGUAAUAAAAAUUGUAAUGUAUGUACAUAUUUUCAUUAUAAGAAUGUCAAAAAUAAAAUAUGUUUUUUUUAAAGAA